GUUGACGGCGAUGGAUCGGAAAUUGAUUGACUGUGGUCCAUCGUUUUCUGAAAAUAAGACGGUAAAUUUUAAUCUUCCUUCUCUUCCUAUAAAUGUUACUGCUUUAUCCAGUACCUUUCCACAAUCUAUAUCGGCUGUACAACAACUGUGCUCUGUAAAGGGUACUACGAGUAAAAAGCGUCGUCUUCUUGGGGAACAAGAUAGGAUUUCUGCCUUAAUGUCAUUAAAUGAAUUCGAGGACGAUUAUAAAUCAGAAGCGUAUCGAAUUUCAAGUAAAACUCGACUAAGUCAACUGACAUAUUCUCGUGCUUCAAGUGAUAGUAAAUUGUAUCCGGAGACUGUGGAUUCUGUUUUACCCUUAAUCAAACCAGUUAGCAUAGUCAUCACAGAUUGUUUCCUUGAAUCAGAAGAAGAUGAUAUUGUUGAUUCCGGGCAAUUAGUGAAGAAGCGUCGAAAAAAUAGUGUUGUUUUAGAUGAAGAGAAGAAUGUUUCGAGAGAUAAUAGCGAGAUGUUGAAGUUACCAGUGUCCUCUCUACAGGCAUUGUCACCGAUCCCUUACCGUUGUGAAGAUGAUGUUGCGAUUCCAGACGGUGUUGUUUUAGAUGAAGAGAAGAAUGUUUCGAGAGAUAAUAGCGAGACGUUGGAGCCACCGGAAUCCUCUCUCCAAGGAUUAUCACCGAUCCCUUACCGUUGUGAAGAUGAUGUUGCGAUUCCAGACGGUGUUGUUUUAGAUGAAGAGAAGAAUGUUUCGAGAGAUAAUAGCGAGAUGUUGAAGUUACCAGUGUCCUCUCUACAGGCAUUGUCACCGAUCCCUUACCGUUGUGAAGAUGAUGUUGCGAUUCCAGACGGUGUUGUUUUAGAUGAAGAGAAGAAUGUUUCGAGAGAUAAUAGCGAGAUGUUGAAGCUACCAGUGUCCUCUCUCCAGGCAUUGUCACCGAUCCCUUACCGUUGUGAAGAUGAUGUUGCGAUUCCAGACGGUGUGUGUUCUUCUUUGGUUUGGAAUAAUGAUCUUCAGAAUUCUUCAAGAAGUUUAUCAAAUUUGCCUAUCAUACCUAAAGGUCGUCCGAGUGUGACAUUCGCACCAAUCGUAGUAUAUUUUGAUAGUCCAGAUAAUUCUCAACCCAGAGUAUCUGUUGGUCCGAUUGCUCAUGAGGAAAGUGAUCUUGCUCAUUUUGAUUGCGAACUGUCGGAAAAGCUAAUUCAUCAAGAAGGUUCCUUGACUCAGAGUGAAAAUAAAGAGAAUAUUGGAUCCUUUUUUGAAUCGACUGCGUUAUCUAGCACUCAAGACUCGAAGUAUCCAUCUCCAUCCACUUCCUCGUUAUCGUUAUCAAGAAUUAAACUUCCAUGGUGUACUCCAUACGAUUGCCAGUUUUUACCAUUCAAAUCAAAACGACCUCCUACUAAAAGUUUUAUACAAAGUGAUGGCCAUUUAAGACGUAGUAAACGACUACGUGUACCAGCUACACAUGAUAGGAAUAAAGUAGUUGUUUAUGAACCGGAUAAAGAUGAAUAUGGUUUAGUUUAUCAAAAACCAAUUGGAUUAGCUAUAUUACCUGACCCAGAUGAAAUUAACAGACGUCAAAAAUUUCUCAAUCGUUUAAAACGUUGUCAAAAUAAUCGUACUCAGUUUUUAAGAAAUGAAAAAAUCAAUCGAGCAAAACGCCUUCAAAAACUGGCCAAACGUUACAGAUCACUGAAAGGUGCACAGAAACCUGAAACAGAUCCAUGUAUGCGAAUUCAAUUGGAUCCAGAUGUUGAAUGGAUAUCACAUACAGAAACACAGUUGCCUAUCGGGAUCAAUGAUGCAUCUCCUUUCCAACAGGUGAUAUAUCCAGAAAAUGCACAAUUUCCUCCAUUCAAAUUUUCUACUAUGGAAUACUCGAGUUACGUAGUUCCAGCUUUAUCUGGUGCUUUUCCAAGUAGAACUAAGACUCGUAUACCUUGUUUUGAAAUGAAUGCAAAUCUUACGAGGAUUGUCAGUAAGGAACAAGAAAGACGUCAACUUCAUUAUGAUCCGAACGCUAUAAAUGUAUUCAAAAUGAUGUCAAGUCCUCCUGUUCUUAUGAAUAAUAACAGUUCUUACAGUCUUUAUGCUGUACAGAUUGCGAAAUUUGCCAUUCCUUUAACAAAACCUUGUAUCGUAUAUAUUCCAAAAGGUAUACCGUACAAAUUUUUAAAUGCAACAAAAGAGAACUUAAAUCUUUGUCGAAUAAGAUAUGUUUUAACUUGA